AUGAGCUCCAGACGGGAGCUGACGAGGACGGCCUCGUCGAAUCUGCGUACCGGCGCCGCGGCUCGCUCGAGCGUGCGACCGGGAACGCGGACCUCGAAUUUGCGAUACCAGCAUGGCCCUUCCCAGACCCAACGUCCCGCCUCGCCCGCCGAAUCCGUCGCCUCAGUCGCCACCAACGCGACGAAGCGUAAGGAGCGCGAGUACGACUUUGAUACGCCGGGCCAGGAGACCAACAUCAACGUCGUCGUCCGAUGCAGAGGCCGCAACGAUCGCGAGGUCAAGGAAAACAGCGCCGUUGUCGUCCAGGCUGAUGGCGCAAAGGGCAAGAAUGUCGAGCUGAAGCUCGGCCCGAAUGCGCUGAGCAACAAGACGUAUAACUUUGAUCGCGUCUUUUCUGCAGCGGCUGACCAGACCAUGGUCUUCGAUGAUACCGUCAAGCCAAUCUUGGAUGAGAUGCUCGCUGGCUUCAACUGUACAAUCUUCGCCUACGGCCAGACCGGUACGGGCAAGACAUACACCAUGUCAGGUGACAUGACAGAAACCCUCGGCCUCCUCUCUGAUAAUGCCGGCAUCAUCCCCCGAGCUCUCCACGCGCUGUUCAAUAAACUCGAAGUGGACGACACCGAGAGCUGCGUCAAGUGCUCAUUCAUCGAACUCUACAACGAAGAGUUACGCGAUUUGAUCGCUGUCGAGGACGGCCCGAAACUGAAGAUCUUUGACGACACAUCAAGAAGACACGCGACGACAGUGGUGCAGGGUAUGGAGGAGAGACACAUUAGAAACGCCGGUGAGGGUAUCAAGGUUCUUCAGGAUGGAAGCUUGAAGCGCCAGGUCGCGGCGACAAAGUGCAACGAUCUCAGUUCCCGAAGUCACACGGUCUUCACUGUCACCGCCUACGUCCGCAAGAAGGGCGAGGAUGGAAGUGACGACUACGUUAGCGCCGGCAAGCUCAACCUCGUCGAUUUGGCCGGUAGUGAAAAUAUUCAACGAUCCGGGGCGGAGAACAAGCGGGCUGCUGAGGCGGGCCUGAUCAACAAGAGUCUUUUGACACUCGGCCGAGUCAUCAACGCGUUGGUCGACAAGGGCCAGCACAUUCCGUACAGAGAGUCGAAGCUCACCAGACUUCUGCAAGACUCCUUGGGUGGACAGACGAAGACGUGUAUCAUUGCUACCAUUUCGCCGGCAAAGAGCAAUCUCGAGGAGACAAUCUCAACACUCGACUAUGCAUUCCGAGCCAAGAACAUUCGCAACAAGCCGCAGAUGAACGCCAUGAUCAACAAGAGGAUGCUUCUCAGGGACUUUGCGACCGAGAUUGAGAGGCUCAAGAGCGAGCUGAUUACAACGAGACAGCGCAACGGUGUUUACCUUUCCAACGAGAGCUACGAGGAGAUGACGGCCCAGAGCGAAUCGAGACGCAUUGUUAUGGAGGAGCAGGCAGCCAAGAUGGAAACUCUCGAGGGCAACCUGAAGAACAAGGUGCAGGAGCUCUUCGCUCUGACAUCUAGCUUCAUGGGGCUGCGGAAGGAUCACGAAGGCACCAAGGCUGAGCUCGAUGAGACCCAGGAAGUUCUCGAACAGACCGAGGUCGUGCUCCAGGCCACAAGAAGGAGCCUCGCCGAGGAGACUCACCUCCGCAAAGCUCACCAGGAAACCGAGGAGAAGCUGGCCGAAGUUGGCGGGGAGCUCAUUGCGACUCUGCAGAAGACGGUCCACGAUGUGGAUGGUCUUAGAGCGAAGAACAAGAGAAAGUCGGAGCUCCAAUCCAUCAACCGAAGCGCAUGGGGCACAGCACAAGCCGAAGUGUCUGAAGUGACGAAUCUCGUGGAGCAGCGUGUGCAGAAUUUCCAGGAGAAGCAGCGGGAAAAUAUCUCGGGUAUCUCUGAGCGCAUGAACGCUUUUGUCAGUGAAGAGUUGGGAAAGCUGUCUUCUACCCAGCAGUUCCUCGACGAGCAGCUCGACUCCUUUGCGGAAUCGAGGAAGCAGCUUUUGGAACAGAACGAAAAGUCCAAGGAUGAGAUGGAUGACGUUCUCGAGGAGAUUAAGAUCGUUCGCGACACCGUCAAGCAACAGGUUGGAGAGAGUCUUCAUGCCAUUGCUGGUGCUGCGGAGCGCAUUGCUGCAGAUGUCCUCAGCGAGCUCGACACUUUCCACAGCCAGUUGCACUCUUCGUAUAGCUCUCUGGGUAAGGAGUUCAAGAGCAUGUUUGAGGAACUUGUGAAGCACAUCUCGGAACAGCGAAGUGAAUCCGACAAACUCAGACAACAACUCGAGAGCGCAACCAACAACGUUAUCGAGGAGAACGAGACUACCUCGGCUCAGAUGCAGCGAGUGUUGGAUGAGGAGAGGAAGCAAGCGGCAGUGGACCGACAGAAUUUGUUGACUCAGAUUGCAUCUCUGAUCAACGCUCAGGCGACAACUCAAGAGACGCGCCUCGCCGAGAAGACUGCGCAGCUGCAGAAGAAGGUCUUGGCCACGAAUGUGACGCUGCAAGACACGGUGACCCAGUAUUCUGAGGAUAUGGGCGCGUGGGAUACCAAGGAGAGCCACUUCCUUGUUGAUGUGGCCAAGUCUCGUGACGCAAUGAAGAAGAAGUUGAAGGAUGACUGGACUAUCGCCGAGGAACACAGCACGGCCAUCCAAGCAACCACGAAGUCGGUGCACGCCGAGACUGUCCGUGUCGUGGACGAGCAACUGAAGGAUCUUGACGUUCAAAUGGAGGCGUUGGACGACUUUGUCACUCGCGCUCGUUCCGAGAACGCCUCGCAUCACGAACGCCACAACGAGUCCAUGCAGGGCCUGUCAUCUACUGUGGAGAAGUCGUUCGGCAACAUCUCGAGCCAUUUCAAGACUACGUUUGACCGCGUCAAGGACCUCGGCGAGGAGAUGGAGACCGAAACCGAGGAGAUGCAGCAAGGUCUGGACCCGUUGACCCAGCAAUUGUCGAAGCCAUUGACUGCGCUCCGGGAGGACAUUGAAACGACAACUAUCCAGGAGUACCGCCCGACAGGAGAGACGCCCAUGAAGGUCCAGUACCGGUACCCGACCGACCUGCCCCGGACCGAAGCGCACGAGGCCCUCCUCGCUGAGCUCAGCGAUUCCGCGACGCCCACCAAGCCCGCGCCCGAAGCCAUGGUCUUCUCGGACACGGAAAACGACCUGUCCCGGUCACCGCCACCGGCGCGCACGUCGACUCGUAUGUCGGCCCUUAGCAUGAUUUCGGAGAUGCCCCCCUUUAACAUGAGCCUUCGCGAAGUGAACCCCAACACGACCGGUAACCACGGCUUCGACCCGGCGACGAGCAUCAUGUCCAUCAACGAGAACACGGCGCCGCUGCUUUUUAGCAAGAGGACCUCGACGCGGCCUGUGGUCAAGGGCCGCAAACAUGCUAGCUUGCUUCCCAUCGAGGGGCGGGAGAAUCUGCCCCCUUCGUCCUUUUCGUCGAGUUUGGGGCCCAGAAGGAAGAGCCCACGGUUGAAUUAG